GGCGGAGCGUGAGCAACGGGGCAGGCCACUUCGGCCAUGAAGCGCCAGCAGCAGCGGCGUCGGCCGCGGCGCGGGUCGGGCCAGUGUCUCGGGGCGGAGGGUGGGUGGCGCGUCUCCCCGAGCGACCGAGGCGCGCACAGUGCCGCCAGCAAGGGCGCAAAGAAGGCGCCGGCAGCGUCCUGCUGCAGCUUGUCCGGCACCGAGACUCAGCAGGAGAUGGCGCGGCUGAACAGCCCUGGUGGCCGCUUCUCCCCGCCGCCGCGCUGCUUCGUGGAUGUCUACAGCUCGGAGCCAGACGUAGCCGGAGGGGAAGGGAGCCUGGGGCGCCACCACGGCACGACGCACGCCUACCGCGACGAUGGGGGGAUGCUGCUGCCGCGUAGUCAUAAGCACAAGGCCGCGGCAGCGCCAAAACACGCGCGCCAGCUUGCCUCGGCUGCCGCCGCAUCCUCCCGCCCGCCCCGGCUCUCCGCCUGGCAACAUCAGCACCUUGCACCCCCCGGGGAGGGCUUCGCAACCCCUUGUACCACUUCUUGUACAACCCUCUACGGCGGGGAGUAUAAUGGCCAGCCCGAGCCCCUCAGUCGCCUACCCUCACGUUGCCCCCGAGUGGAGGAUGUCGUCCGCGACGACCAGUGGGCAUGUCCUGUCAACAGGCCACUAGAGUACGGCGCAGACUUCCCCACCGAUGCCAGCAAGCCGCCCUCUGUCUGCCCCUCUUCCUUCUCCUUCACCCAGAUGGACAAAGUCCCCCCCAAGCUCCAGAAGAGCGAGCUCAGGAGAAGGGAUUGGCAAGAGCACUGCGAGAGCAGCCCCAGCUUAGCGGAUCUGAUGCACUCGUUGACCCGGCAGUAUGAGGAGGAGGAGCCACCACAGCCUUACCUCGGCCACAGUGACCGCCACCACCACCGCCACCACCAGGAUCAUCACCAUAAAUCCAAGAAGGGAGACCCACCACCGAUCACCCUCCAGGAUCUGUCUGAUAAGAGAUACGAGGAUUUGAUCCCUGAAAGGGACAAAAAGAUUGCCGCUCUGAUGCUGGCCAGGCACCAAGAAGAGGAGGAGAUGAAGGACAGGCAGCUGCAGGUCUCUGAUGCUUGGGAGAAGAUGAAGCGGAAGGAGAGGAAAAACAAAGCAAGGAUGGAGAAGGACAGGCAAUACCAGCUGGCUGAGAAUCUGGACCAGUGGCAAAGGGAUCGGGAUCAAAGAAAAGCCAAGCUCAGGCUGGAGGAACAACAACUGCUGGCAGCCAGGGAAAGGGACAUGAUGCUGCGUGAGAAGAAGUGGAAGAAAAUGGCCAAAGAACAGGAGAGCAGGCGCAGGGAGAAACUUGAAAAUGCCAAACUUCAGGCUGAGUAUAAGAAACGGUGUCAAGAAAAGCAGCUCUGGGACAAAAGGUUAAACGAGAGAAGUGCUAGAGAGCAGAGCUCUCAUGUGUACAAAGAGAGGAUGCUGCAAGCCCUGGAGAAGAAGCUGAUGAAGGAAAUGGAAAGGAAGAGGAGGAAAGUGGAUAUGAAUGAAUACAAAAGAACCAAGAAUGUGUAUGCAAAGGAGCAAGUGGGUGAUAGAUUAAAAGCUGAUGAGCUAUACAAGAGACUCUGUAUUGAACAAAAGCUGCAGAGGUCUCAGGAGAUCCUAGAGCAGCUGCUUGAAGAACGGAACAGAGAAUUAAAAGACAAGUCUUUCAAAGAAGAUGAGCAGAGCAUGGUAGCCAAAGUCAGAGCCAAAGAGACAGAGGAAGAGAAGAGGAGGCGUAAAGAGAUGUUGCUGCAGAUAGCUGAGAUGAAGAUCCAGCAGGCCAGAGAAAUGAUGACCAAAAAUAUCCAAGACAGAACACAGCGUGUGAAAGAAAUGAACUGUAUAAAAGAAAGGAACCAUCAUUCCCGCAAACAGAAACUGGAUGAUGAAGAAAAAUGCCACCUGCGGGAAAUGCAAGAAGCUUUAAGGAGGAAAGAUCACAAAAGCAAUCAGAUUCUAAGGCACAAAGAUGCAGCUAUUGAAGAAUCUAGGAAAAUAGCCAGAGCAUCUUACGAUCUUAGAGAAAAAGUGAGAGAUAUGAUAAACCACAAUUCACUGGAUCAUAGGGCUUUAGAUGCCCAUCGUAACGCAAGUCUCCUUCGGGGCCUCUAGUGAAGUUUAAAAGUCUAGACUGUCUUGUGCCCCAAAAGUUGGUUGUAAUGUGUCCGUUUAGUGGAACUCUGCAGUGCUGUACACUAAAGUGGUUUCUGCCUUAAUUACUGUUUGACUCAUAACUGUUUGGGAGAGUAUGGGUGUAAAGGAGUUUACAAUAUAUACUAAAAAUAUUUCCAUUGCAGUUGUAAUUUCAUUGUGAACAGAAAGUGCUGAGCCUCGGUCACAUGCUGCUCUCUGUAAUGCAAUUUAGAAUGUGGACCAGACAAUAUUAGGCACUUGUAAUUGAAUAUUCCUGUUACAAAUAAGGAUUUUUUAAAAACAACAACCAACAAAUAUAUAUUUUACUAUAAAUAUCUGGAGUUGCUAACAAAUUAUGUCUGUUACAGAGUGUUUCCUAUAACAGAUCAAUAUGUAUAAAAUCAUAUUUAAAGGUAUUGCAAUACUUUGCUAUCCCAAUAAAUACUACUUUUCUAGCAGAAUAGCCUAAGCAAAAGUCUGUAUACGUGCACAUAGCCACCUAAUUACAAAUCCCUUCUAUUUUAGUGUGCCUUAUGACCAUCACUAAGUUCAGAAUAAUAGUCAUUAUUUGGCAAACUUUAUAAAUAUUGUUUUAGCAUGUGGCUGUACUGCCAGUGUUAAGUUUAGAAUGUAUUGAAAUGAGAAACAAAACAAACCACAAAACACUACUUGAGCUUCAUUUAAUGUUCUGAUCUGUAACGUAAAACUUUACAUGUAUUUCGAGUUAUUAUUUUCCCCCUUCAUUUUCUGUAAUCAAGUGCCUUGAAGAAUUACUGAAUAUGUGAUAUUUAGAAUGUUGGUUGGGGAAAUAAAAGAGAUAUAAGUUAGGA